AUGGAAACAAAAAACGCAAAUGCUUUUGUUGAAAAAGAACUUGAUUUUCUGAAUCAAUAUAAUCAUUUUCUUGUUCCCCCCGAGAGACCAAGUAGCGGUGGUCUGGCUCUCUAUUGGAAGAAUGACUUAAGGCUCAACGUGCGCAGCUCUAACAAGAACAUCAUUGAUACUGAAAUCUCGCAUAAAGGCGUCUCUUUCUUUGGUUCGUUCGUUUACGGAGAACCUGAUACCUCCAAGCGAUAUUUGGUUUGGGAUCAGAUACGAGAUAUUGCAGAGAACAGAGAUGCACCAUGGUUUCUCACCGGUGAUUUCAAUGAGAUCAUCAACAAUAACGAGAAGGAAGGGGGACCCUUACGAGCUGAGGGCACCUUUGCGGCGUUCCGCAAUCUGCUAGCACAGUGUGACCUCUUUGACCUUAAGCACUCGGGUAAUCCGCUCUCUUGGCGAGGAAAGAGACAUACUCAUCUCGUGUUCUGCAGACUGGAUAGAGCCAUGGUUAACAGUCUCUGGUCCGAAAAAUUCCCUACGGCUAGGAGUCAUUACAUGGAGUUCAAUGGUUCUGAUCAUCGGCCCCUUCUGUCUAUCUUUGACUCCAAACGUAAGAAGAGCAGCAGAAUCUUUCGUUAUGAUAGACGACUAAAAGAUAACCACGAAGUAAAAGAGUUGAUCUCCAAGAUAUGGAGAUCGGCUAAGAACCUGCACUCUGAGCUACGAUUGGCCGAGAUACGAACAGCUCUAGUAGCUUGGAGUCGAGAGAAACAUCAGAACAGCAAGGAAAACAUCGAGAGGCUGAAAAAGGAGUUGGAUGAUGCACUAAGCUCUCUGGUAGGAGAUGAUGAACUCAUUUUUCUAUCGACGGGGAAGAAGGCCCGAAACCGCAUCUCAGUCAUAGAGGAUACCGAAGGAAACUCCUUUUACGAAGAAGAAGCUAUAGCAGCCCAAAUCGCCGUUUAUUACCGGAAUCUCUUCACAUCAGCGUCAAUGCCAUCAUCUGCUGAAGAAAUUGCAGCCAUCAUCAAUGAGGCCAUCAAACCGUGUGUUACGCCUGAGACAAACGCACAGAUUAUAACAAUUCCGUCCAAUGCAGAGAUACGGGAGGCUCUUUUCUCUAUCCACCCGGACAAGGCUCCGGGACCGGAUGGCUUCUCGGCCUGUUUUUUCCAAUCGAAUUGGGAUACAAUAGGCCAAGCUAUAUGCAAGGAAGUGCAGGCUUUUUUCUGA